GUUUUCCCACUUAUGCCCACUCCUAUGUAUAAAUAGCCUUGUCAGUGCCCUCUUCACAUCAUCAAAACAUUCCCAAGCCAAGAAAAAAAUACAGAGGAAGAAGAAGAAAAAAACAUAUCAAAUUUAGCUUACGUUUAAAGCCUUCAAAAAACUUCCAAGAGACCAAGAGUGAAUAAGAUCAAUAAACUCAAGCAUGGCCGCACCUUUGUCCACAUGGCCAUGGGAAAACUUGGGCGUAUACAAGUAUUUGCUAUAUGGACCAUUUCUUGCAAAGGUUUUGCAUUCAAGAUACUAUGAAGAAGAAAGCAAUAGCACAACAACUUGGUGCUUAAGCAUACUUAUUUUGUGUGUACUUAGAAUGGCGGUGCACCAAAUAUGGUCUUCAUUCAAUAGCAUGCUGUUCUUCGUUCGAAAUCGCCUAAUCGUUCAACAAGGGACCGAUUUCCAGCAGAUUGACAAAGAAUGGGACUGGGACAAUUUCUUGAUACUUGAAGCUUUGAUGGCAAGUUUAGGGUUCCUCAUGUUCCCAGAGACAAUUGCCAGUCUCCCAGCUUGGGACACGAGAGGAGUAAUGGCUGCAAUUUUGCUCCACGUUACGGUUUCUGAGCCCCUUUACUAUUACCUCCAUAAAUGCUUUCAUGGCAGCACAUUUCUCUUUAACAAUUAUCAUUCACUGCACCAUUCCUCGGCCGUACCACACCCAUACACAUCUGCACAUGCUACACCUUUAGAGCACCUAUUUUUAGGCACAAUAAUGGGGAUACCCAUCCUUGGGGCAUGCAUGAUGGGAUAUGGAUCGACGGCCAUGAUUUAUGGUUACAUUCUGGCUUUUGAUUUCUUGAGAUGUUUGGGGCAUUGCAACAUCGAAAUUGUUCCACAUCAGCUGUUUGAAGCCCUUCCAUUUUUGAGAUAUCUCAUUUACACCCCCACAUAUCACAGUAUACAUCAUACAGAGAUGGACACCAAUUAUUGCCUCUUUAUGCCUCUAUUUGAUGCUUUGGGCAACACCCUCAACAAAAAAUCAUGGGAUAAGCACAGGGAAAUUAGUUUGCUAGCAGGAAAAAAUGGGAGGGUACCGGACUUUGUGUUCUUGGCCCAUAUAGUGGACUUCUCAGCGGCCGUUCACGUCCCCUUCGUGUGGAGGUCAUUCUCGUCAACCCCCUUCAGGACGAGGCUCUUCGUGAUCCCCUUCAUUCCUAUAAGCUUCAUGUUAAUGCCCUUAAUGUGGAUUUACUCGAAGACAUUCUUGGUCUCUUCCUACAUCCUCAAGGGUCAUCUCCAACAAACUUGGACCGUACCCCGUUUCGGUUUUCAGUACUUCAUACCAUAUGCGGCAAAAGGAAUCAAUGGGCUCAUAGAAGAAGCUAUUCUUAGAGCUGACAGGAUAGGGGUGAAGGUUAUCAGCCUUGCAGCCUUGAAUAAGAAUGAAGCACUGAAUGGAGGGGGGACAUUGUUUGUGAACAAACAUCCAAACCUAAGGGUUAGAGUGGUUCAUGGGAAUACCUUAACAGCGGCAGUAAUAUUAAAUGAUAUUCCCAAGGACGUUGAGGAGGUUUUCUUGACCGGAGCCACCUCCAAGCUUGGCCGCGCCAUUGCUCUUUACCUUUGUCGACGAAGAGUUAGGGUUUUGAUGUUGACUCAGGCAACUGAGAGGUUUCAGAAUAUCCAAAAGGAGGCCCCAGCUGAAUACCAGAAGUACCUAGUACAGGUCACAAAAUACCAGGCUGCCAAACACUGCAAGACAUGGAUAGUUGGGAAGUGGAUCACAGCAAGAGAGCAAAACUUUGCACCCAAGGGAACUCAUUUCCACCAGUUUGUGGUUCCUCCAGUUUUGCCCUUCAGAAGAGACUGCACCUAUGGCGAUCUUGCCGCCAUGAAACUCCCUGAUGAUGUGCAAGGUCUUGGAUCGUGUGAGUAUUCAAUGGAAAGAGGGGUGGUCCAUGCAUGCCAUGCUGGGGGGGUGGUUCAUUUGCUUGAAGGGUGGACUCAUAAUGAAGUUGGAGCUCUUGAUGUGGACAGAAUUGAUGUAGUUUGGGAAGCUGCUCUUAGGCAUGGACUAAAGCCUGUCUCAAGGGUUGGAAUGGAGAAAAACAUGGUUACCAGUAGCUAGAACACAGGGAUGGCUCUGAUCUAUAUAUGUAGUGACUUGUGGUGUCAAACUGAACAAAUGUCCAUCUCUUCAUGUUUAUGUAUGUUUUAACUUAAAAACAUACACUCCAUAUCUAUACAACUAUGUACCCAUACAUAUGGACUGAAUUUUCAAACCCUACAACAAAUACAAAAAUAAAAUUUUGUAGCAAACAUAAUACACCCUCCGUUUCCAAAAGAAAGUCACGGUUUGACUUCA